AUGAAACAGAUACACAUUAAAUCAUCCAGUAAAAUUAAUGAAGAAAAGAGUAGUGAUCAUAAACGAAAAAAUAAAAACCUUGAAGAAUUAACAGUACGUUUGAAGCAAGAAUUUAAUAAAUAUGACCUUGAAAGACGUGGUUUUCUUGAUACAAUUGAAAUAAAAAAAUUUAUUAAAAACGAAUUUGGUGUUGACGUAACUGACAUGACAAUAAAAGAAUUAGUUCAUGAAAGAACAAUGGGAGAAGAGUCAUGCCAUAUUAGUCUAAAGAAUUUUUGUGGUUUUAAAAAAUUAGUAGAAACAAAUAAAGAAGAAAUAAUAAAGAAUCAACUAAAACCAUUUUCAAUUGAACAACAUGUUAAUGCAUCAUUAUUUCUUUAUAAAUUAACAAUUGUUCAAAAUAAUCCAAUUGAAAUUAAAGGAAUCACUGGCUUUCAAAAAAGAUUUAUUCAGUCAUUGGAAAGAAGUAAAUGUUAUUUACUUAAACCAAGAAAAUCAUUUAAGAAAAAUAUUCCGCAAGAAUAUUUUUCUUCUCCUCAAUUUGAUGAAAUUUGUUCAGACUUUCAAUUAAGAAAACAACGUUUAACAACAUAUUCACAACCUAUUCCAUUUGAAUUUAAAACAAUUCAUUUAUUUGAAUGUUUUAAUCCAACAUUACAAAUAAAUGAUAGUAUGAAUACUUAUAUAGCUCAACAACCUCAUGUAUUAAAACAAAUGAUAUCAAUUAAUAUAGAAAGUAUUACAUUUAAUAUUGGAUUAUUUGAACCUUUAAUUAUUUCAUUAUCAAUAUAUAAUUAUAAAACACGAGAAAAACAAACAGAAAAUGUUUAUACCUUUAUUACAAAUGGAGAAUUAAGAAAAGACUUAUUUUUAUUUGAAUUAGAAAAGAUAGAAAAGAAUGAAUAUUAUUUAGUCAUUCAAGUAUUUCGAAAAGACGAUGGGAAUAGUCUAAUUGGAGUAUUGUAUAGUGAAGGAAUUGAUGAAAAUGAUUCUAAAAAAAGUAAACGACAGUUAGAGGCAAUAGAAAAAAUUAAAAAGAAAGAAGAUGAAUCAAUUAAUAUGAUGUCAUUACAACAAAUUGCAAUUGGUUCAGUUCGUAUUGUAUCCAUAACUCAAAAAACACAUUUAACUGAUUUAAAAUUUUUUUCAGUUAAACUACAAGAAGAAACAGAUGUAUUUAAAUUUGUUAAAACACCUCCAAAUAAUGAAGUUCCUGGGAAAUGGAGUGUAUGUUGGGAUCUUAUUAAUAAACCUGAUAUUAAUAAUCCAUUGUCAGAGUUUCGAAUUAUUGAGGCAACACAAAUUAAAGAGUUAUAUAAUGAGACACAAGAAAGUGUUACACCAAGAAGUGGAAAACAUCAACGAAUGAGAAGUACUAGGAGUAGAUUAUUUAAUAAUAAUGAUUCACCAUCUACAGUUACUUGUCAAAUAAAAACUAGUGAGAAGCAGUCAUUAUUUAGAGUUCAAAAUAUGUCACCGUCUCAUGUAUUUAGAAGUGAGACAACAAUCAGUAAUUCAUUAUAUCUAACUCUUAUUGACUUAUUAUUGUCACGUGAACGAAAAAUUACAGGAACAAUUGAAAUAUCAUUGCAACAAACUAUUGGAGGUGAACCACUUAACGCUUUACUUAUUCCAAAUUAUUCAAUUGUUCCAGAAAAAAAAAUUGUAUUUUCUUUCAAAGGAAAUGAUAAAAUAAUUCCAAUUAUGAAAGAAAUUAGGAUAGAAUUACCUAAACCACCUCAAACAAAUUUAUUCAUUUUUAUAAGAAUGUCUGAUAAUACUGAUAGUGUUGCAUUUAUUCCAUUAUUUUCAAAGAAUGGAGGUAUUAUGGAUAGUGGAAUUGAACAACGAAUUGCAAUAUACAAAGGAAGUGGUGACAAAUUUUUAAAUGAUGCUUUUAAUGGAAAAGGGGCAUCUAAAAGAACAUUAGUAAUAAAAUUAAAUUCUGUAGCUACAUUUUAUCCAAGACUUCAUAUUAUUCAUUCUUUUAUUAAUUCAGACAAUAAAGAAACAAUAAUUGAAGCAAUUAAAACUGUAAAAAAUAUGGAUGCUAAAGUUAUAGCACCAUAUCUUAAUACUAUUUUAGAUAGAAUGUUUGAAAUGAUUGAGUUUGUCGAGUUGUAUAAUUUUAAUCCAAUUCUUCAACAAUUCUUCACUGAAGAUGAAAUUCGACCUGUUAUUUUAGUGGAUUAUGUAAAUGACCAUUUCUCCCCCAAAGAACUUAAUUCUAAUUUCAAAUUAUUACCUAAAUUAAUACUCGUAGAUGUCAUUAAUAGUUUUAAUAACUUUGAAGAAUCAGAAUAUAACAAAUUUAAAUUAACAUUCUUUUUCUUUCAAUGCUUUAUUAAAUCUUGUGUAGUUGCAGAUAAAGAAAUUAAAGAAAUAGAGAAUAUAGAAAAGUUACUUCAAAGAUUAUUAGGAUUAAUUGUAUUUAGAAUAGACAUUCAUAUAUCAAAAAGAGAUAUUAGAGGUGUAUUUGAAUUAAAUUUAAAUGUUGCUGAAUUAUUCAGAGAUCUUUUUAGUGUAAUGAAUAAAGAUUUUGUAUGUCAAACAAUUUCAUAUUAUUAUAAUUUACUUUGUGAACGAAAUGCAAUAAAAUUAGAUAAACAAAUGGAUUUAUCAUUUUCUACAGUAUAUGAAAUUAUGAGACUAGAUUUUUUAUGUGUAAUACGAGAUUAUCCAUUGAUGAUAGAAAUUAAUUGUCCUUCUAUUCAUAACAAUGAUAUUACUACAUUAAAUGAUACAUUUUGUCAAAGCAAAUUUCUUGCUACUUUCUUCGUUUACAGUAUAACUCAUUUAAUAUUUUAUCAUAAAAAUGAUAUUAGAAUAAUGGCUUCAUUGUGUUUAUUAGAACUUAUUCAAAAAUUUGAUAUUGGUGUUGCUUAUCAAGAAUAUAGAAGUGUUGCAGCAGAAGAAUUUUCAUCACUUAUAUCAUUAAUGAUAGAUGAGUUUGAUGUUAUUAAAGAGUGGUCAUACGAAGUAUUUUUUAACACAAAUGGAACUUCAAACCCCAAUCAGUUAUUUGCUCUCAGAGCAUUAUUUCUUUGUUUUUUCUAUAUCAUCAAUGAAGUAUCAGAUGAAUUUAGACAAACUUAUAUUAGAACUAUUACACCAUUUACUGUAAAUCGUUUAUUACAACUAUUUUAUAUAGGCCAAAAUUUAUUUAAACCAAUGGACCAUCACAUGCAAGGAACACAAGGAUUAUAUGAUUUUUUAAGAAACAAAUUGGUUAUUCAGUUAAUGAAAUUUUUUGAACGAGAAUUACUUACUAUUCGAUCUCUUUAUACUUUUAAUACAAGUUGUGCUAUUUUCAUUCAAAAACCACGAGGGAUGACUAUAACAUCUAAAGACGAAAGUUUAGAAUCAGAUAAAAAAAGAAAGAAAAGGCAUAACACAACAAAAGAAACAUCUACACCAGUUCUUCCUAGUGGCUCACUGCCUGUUAUUACUCCUUUUCAAAAACGACUUUCUUCUCAAAACUCAACACAACCUCAAUUACAAACCAAAGAAAUAUCUUCUGUAACACAAGAAAAACAUGAUGAAGUUCCUAAGAAAAAGAGAAGAAGAAAAUUUUCUUUAUUUGCUUUCAGUGACAAGAAAAGCCAAGAAGAAGAAAUUGAAGAAAAGCAACAAAACACCAUUGAUAACCUAAAUGAACAAGAAAAGAAAGAGCCUAAUAAAGUAUUAUUAAAAGAUGAGCCAAACCAACCCUCUCACGAGAUUACUCCAACUACUGUCAAAGAAGAAGAAGAAAAAGAAUCUCAUAUCAAAGAAGUGUCAUCAGAUAAACACCAUCCUGAAUAUUUUUAUGGAUCUAGAAUUAAUAGAAAAAGUACUUCAUUACCUAGACUAAAUAUCAGAAGUUCAACCGUUGUUGACAGACCAAAAAAUAUUGGAUUUGAAGCUGCUAAAGAAAUAUAUGGACCAACGGAUGAUGUAUGUCCACAACCAGUCAAUAGAAAUGUGCAAAUAACGCAAGAAACAAAAAUUCAAGAAGGUGUCAGUUCAACAAAAAAAAGGACGCUACCAAAUAAUGGGAAUAAACCAUUAUUACAACGGUUUGAAAGUGCACCAAAACUACAACUUGAUGAGUCUGUUUCCCCACCAAAAACAAAUACAAAAAGGUUAUCAAGCCAAAAAAAUAAUGUUUUGUUCAAAUCAGCUGAUUUAGAUAUUGCUGAUAUAUUACUUGAAACUUCACAAGAAAAUACAAUCCCUUGCUAUAAACAAUCGUCUUCAGAGUCUCAACACAGAAGCCCUUGUUUAGCAUUAAAUGAAAAUAAUGACUCAUUAGGAAAAACACUUUCUUCAAGAAAAAGUAAUAAUGAAAUUAUGUUAGAAUGUAGUGAAGACACUCCAACUUCAGAGUUAGCUAAAACAGCUAGGGCAUUGAGUUCAAAUCAAAAUCCUGAAUUAAUGUACAAACCUAAAGUUAUUCGAAGAAGGAAAGGUAGUUUUUCUCGACCACAUGAAGACGGAAUAACAAAACUAAAGACUGGAUUGAUGAAAUCACAAUGCACUAGUGAUAGUUCAUCACCACUGAUAACUAAUACCUGUACUACAGAAUCACAACCAUACGAAAGUCCGAUAUAUAGUGAUGAGUUAAAGAUUACUAUAACACCUGGAAAUGAGUCUAAUACAAACAGAGGUGUGAGUGAAAAUAAAUCACAUAAUAACGCCAAACUAAAACAACUUAAAGUACCAAAACUUGAAAUGAAAAAAAUCCAAAAAGAAGAGUCUGGGUUGAAAAUAAGUCAACUAGAACAUCCUGACUUUGUUAUUAAUGAGCCACAGUCAAGUGCUCGUUUAAGGACUUCAACUGCUAUACAAAUAUCACAACCAUUAAAUCGAAUGAUUAAACAAAAUAGUUUGAUUCAGUCAUUGGAAGAAGGAGACAAGAAAAAUGGGAGAUUGCCUGCUAUUGAAUUUAUGUUUGGACUACCUUUAGAAACACCAAGAAAUAAACAAAGAAGACAAACAGAAGGAGAUACUAUUAAAACACCAAGAGGUAUGGAAGAAUCAUUUAUAACUGAAAAGACUGGAAUCAAUAAUGAAAAAGUAUUAAAUGUUUAUUUGUAUGGAAUGAUUAACACUAUUGUAUCUAAAGCAUCAACAUUAUGUUUUUUGUAUCAUGACCAAAAUGAAGAUAUUCGUAAAAUGACAGGGAAAAUAUUUGGAGAAUUGUCAUUAGCAUUAAAUAAUAAUGCAUUAGUUUCUGAUUUAUCAUUUUUUGGUCUUGAGAAGUUUAUUCGAGUUUGUGGAGAUGAAGUUGUACCUUUAAUUUCACCAAUAAUCCAAGCUUUAAUGCGAAUUGUUUUAGGAGUUCAUGAAUGUGUUGCUCCAAGAGCAGCGGAAAUUAUAUGGUUGUUAUGUUUUAUGAAUUAUGUUUCUAAGCAAAGUGUAUCAACUACAAGAGAUGCAAUGAUUACUUAUUUGUUUCAUGGGAAAAGUGAUUUCCAACGACUACCAAAUUUAGUAUAUUUUCUUCAAAGCGUUCCUUUUGUUCGGUUACAAUCAAUGUUUGAUAUGUUAGUACAACAAAGAAAUAGUUCAGCAUUAGAGAUGGUUAAAAGUAAUCAAUUAUGUCUAGAAGUUCAAACAAUUGAUACUGCUAUAUUUGAAGGACAUGCAGAAGAUUGUGUUGUAUUCUUUAAUGAGAUUUUAGAAAAAAGAAUAGAAUUAUUAAAUGAAAUCAAACAUAUGGAAGGUUCAGUCAUUGGCAGAGAAACAGAAAUACAAUUAAGUAUUGUGUUAUUAUUAUUUAAAACAAUGAAAUUAAAAGAAGAACAAAUUGAUACUAUUGAAGCAAUUACCAUUAAAUUUUAUUCUGAACAAGAAGAAAUUAUGAAACAAUUAAAACGUAUGAAAUCAUUGUUUGAAUGUUAUAUGGAUCUUCAUAAUUCAAUAAAAAGAAAUUGUAAAAAUUCUACAGAACGAGUUGGAGCUUUAAGGGAACAAUGUAGUAAAUGUAAAGAAAUUGUAACAAAUUUCUUUAAACAUCUAGUAAAUAGUAUUAAUGAUGUAACAUCUGAAAAUAUUAGAAAAGGUGCGUCAUAUUUAAAUCAAUAUCAACAAAGUUUUGAUGAACUCGUAUCGUUUGGAGUGGAUUGUAAUCCAUUAUUCCCAGUAACUCCAGAUGAACUUUCUGAUAUUUUUCAAAUGUACAAAACACUAAACACACAAAAGUUCCAUUCUAAAAAAAGGUCAUUACCUGAAAUGACUAAUGAAAGUAAAGUUGUAAGAAUAAAGAGUCUAAGAGAGAUGUCAAUACAAUUUAGUAAUUUAUAUUCGUUCUUGAGGAAUGAACCAAAAACUCCACGAUUAACCCCAAGAAAAACAGGUGAUACAAGGUCAGUUUCUACUAUAACUCCAAAAAAGAAACGAAUGUCUGGAGAUACUCCUCGUAUAUUAAAAAGAACAUCAACAAUUGUAACUCCAGUUUCUGUAAAAUUUUCUGGUAGUUAUGUUCUUCCUGAUAAUCAAUUUUCAUUUGAACAUAAUCAAUUAAUAUAUAAAAUGAUGCCUGAGUUAAGUAGUUGCAUUGAAUCAAAUAAUGAAAGUCUUAAAUUAAUGAAAAAUAACGAGAAAGCCCAAGACUUGUUAACGAAGAUAGUUGAACUAUUAUAUAUUUCAGAAAAAGCAUCAUCAAAAAUUAAUGAGUCUGAUAAAAAUCAUGAAGAAAAUAAAAUGUUAAUGGAGAAAUUAUAUGGUGUGUUUGAGUGGGCAUACUCUGCUCAAAUAUUAUUAUCUUUUGAACCACCUGAACCAAAUGAUUAUCUUAGUAUAUUUGUUGGAAUGUUAAAUAUUAUUGAACAAAAUAAAGAAAAACAAAUAAAAGCGUAUCAUGAAUUACAAAAAACUGUCUUUAAAACUCCCCAACAAAUAGAAUUAAUGGAAAAGAUCAAUAAAAUUAUUGCUGCUAUACCUCAUCAAAAAAUUAUUAAAACAGUAAGAGAUUUGAGAAAAAGAUGUUCUUUGGAAGAACAACGUGAAACUCAAAGAAAAGAAUAUGCUAAAUGUUAUGAUGAAUUUAUAUCAUUAUCUCGACAAUGUUUAUUAACAACUCAACGGAGUGAAUUUAAAGCAUUUAAUAAAGCAAAAGAAGCAUAUCAUUUCUUAAGUAAAAUGAGUUGUGGGUCAAUAAUUGGAAUUAAUAGAUAUGUUCAUUACAUUGGAAUGGAAGAAAGUUUAGAAACAUUAUAUCAAAAAUUAAUAAAGAAGGGAUUAAGUAAAUGUGAUUCUAAAACAGAAUUAUCAAACCUUACAAGUAUAUCAUUUAGAUUAACUGAUAUUUCUGCAAUGUUACGAACACCAAUUUAUAUUACAAGUUGUAAUUCUUCAUCUAAUUUAAUUGAGUCUAUUCAUGCUGUAGGAAAUGAAAUAUUUUCUGUGUCAUUAGAACUUCAGGGAUUACUUAGUCUUAAAGGAAAAUAUCAAAUAGAUGAAUUAACAGAAAGAUACUAUGCAUUAUGUGUUAAAUAUCGUUCAAGUCCGUUAUUACAUUUGUCAUGGUUAAAUAACAUUAUUGAAAAAGAGAUUGAAUUUGGAUAUUAUCUAGAAGCAGGAAUUUGUGAAAUUCAAGCUGUUUAUUACAUUUAUAGAGUUACAAAAGGAAAUGAUAUAGGUAUAUUAAAUGUUAAUCACUUAGCAAGUAUUUGUUCUGAUUUUUUGAUUGACCGAACUGACAUCAAUGAAGUUCCAUUAGAAUUUACGAAAGAAUUAUUAUUAGCACAUGCAUAUCAUGCUAUUGAAUUAUUUAGAAAAGCUAAAAUGACAUGGUUUGGAGUAGAAGUAUGUUUAAUGUUAAAAGAGUUUUUUGAAAAUAAUAAUAUGCUUGAUGAAUUAGCUACAAUACACCAACAAAUGGCAGAAUUUUUCUUAGGUUAUGCUAAUGGGAGUUCUAUUGAUUAUAAAUUUUAUCUUGUUCAGAUUGGAGAGUCACAAUUUGUUUAUGCUUCUCCAUGUGAUAAACAAGAAUUUAAAGAAAUGUAUUUAAAAAUGUGUGAAACUAUUGGGUAUGAUAUUGUUGAACCACAACAAGUUUAUCCAAUAAUAAAUGAAGAAGUUCAAACUGUUCCUGUUCCUCAAAUUACUACUGCUAAUAAAUUUACUUACGAAAUUUUUGAAGGAGACUCAGAUAAAAUGAUGGAUAUUAUUGCUGUUAAAGGUAUUUAUAAAACUCAAAGUUCAUUACCAAGUGGGUUAAGAAGAUCGAUUGUAGUUGAACAAUAUGAUGAAGUAUUAACACCAGUGAGAUAUUCUAUUGAAGUAGUAGAAAGAAUGAUUGAAUCACUUUCAUUUUAUGUAUGUGAAUGUGAAAAAAAUGGAACUAGUUCUUUAAAAGCAAUAAAAGAAAUGAGAGAAUACAUGACACAAAACAUCAUUAAUGAAGAGAGUUUUAGUGUGUUAAGUAUUAUCAAAAAUUUCUUCCCUGGUGGAGAGGAUGAUGAUACAGAAGGAAUACAAUUAUUACAAAGAAAUUUACAAAGACUAAGGUCAUGUUGUGACAAAGCUUAUUCAACAUACCAAUUAUUGUCACAGGAAAUGGAUAAAAUACAAACUUCAUUCAGAAAGAAAUAUAUGAUAUUUAGUUAUCAAUUUGCUGACUUUAUAACUAAUUUCGAAGAUAUGGAUUUAUAUUAA